AUCCAGCCCCGGGCAGUGCUGAGGGGCCCUUGGGCUCCGUUUCCCAGAUGCUGACUCAGUUUCUCCGCAUACAAGCAGGCUCCUGCUGCCCCUAGGCACACUCCUGUGAGAGAAGCCCAUUAUCACUCUACCGAGAUCUCCUUGUGGACAGUGGUGGCUGCAAUCCAAGCCAUGGAGAGGAAGGUGGAUUCUCAUGCCACCCGGUUACUGAAUCUGGAGGGGAGAACAGGGACAGCAGAGAAGAAACUGACAGCCUGUGAGAGGACAGCGCUGGAAUUUGGGAACCAGCUGGAGAGUAAGUGGGCCUUGCUGGGAACUCUGAUCCAGGAGAAUAACUUCCUGCAGAGGAGGCUGGAGAACAUGGAGAACUUGCUGAGAAACAGGAACUUCUGGAUCUUAAGACUGCCCCCAGGAGCUAAGGGAGAAGUCCCCAAGGUGCCCGUGACAUUUGAUGACAUCUCAGUCUAUUUCAGCGAGCAGGAGUGGGAGAACUUGGAGGAAUGGCAGAAAGAGCUUUACAAGAAUGUGAUGAAGGGGAACUAUGAGACCCUCAUCUCUCUGGUGGCUCACUGCUUCCAGAGAGUUUACAAUAGGCAGCUCGUCCCACACACCGUCCUAUGUAAAACAAAUUGGAAAUUGCAGAUGUAGAUCUGGUCCAGUGUUCCCUAGCUGCAGUUCUACCAUUGCAUCAACUAGUCCUUUGAGCAUAUGUCCCUGGAUGCUGCACUAUUGAAUGCAUGCAUGCCAUGCCCUCUUGACUGGAGACUCCAAGCAGUGUCUGCGGGCCCACUUCUGCAUGGAGUGGCACCUUGUGCCUCCAAACGAGGGCAUAGAAGAGGACAUGGAUCUGCUACCACUCACUUUCUUCUCGGUUGUCUGCGCUUUGAAAUGGAGCACUUGUAUCUCUGCUGGCUCUGAGCUUCUCGUCUUUCUUAGCACCAUGAUUUAUUCUUAACUUUUGCUUUGUGUGCGUGGUUAUUUCAUUUCUGCUUUCAGUUUUCAAGUGGUGUUGGAAUGCGGGCUCCCCCAUUUUCUUCCCGUGGUCCCUUUUGGUUCAUUAGCAGUCUGCAUUAUGCUAUAGGAUCCUGGGGUGUAAGUCUUGCCAAACCUGCCGCAGGUCUUUUCCACGUAGCGACAGGCAUUCGAGCUGCCUCGGAGGCUCCCUCAUCCUGUCCAAGUGUGAGAGCAGUUGACGAUUUAAAGGCCGGUCUCAGGAAGACAGAGAGGCUGGACUGAAUCUCCUUCUAAUGAAAUGCUCGCUAGCCCUAGUGGUGCCUGGGUCGUCUUUUGUACAUCAGCUUCAAUGUCCCAGGCCCCUCCAGCAGCACCUUGAGAGGCACAGACUUCCGAAAAGAAGCAGCUUCCUCCCCUUGUCGAGGAUCGCCUCCUAAAUCCCCCUCUAAGCAGACCUGUUCCUCUAAGGCGGACGGGCAAAAAAGGCCUCCACGGCCUGCCAAGCAGGUUGAUCCAGGCUGCUGCUCCCCUGCGCCCAGACCAAUCGGGGUCUGUUGGUGGGGAAGCACGGAAGUGUCUUGGCCCCGCCCCUUCCGGGGUGGCCCAAGGCCACUUCAAAAAUUUCUGAAAUAGUCCCUGGUCAAAAAUGAUUCGCCACCCCUGCUGUAAGGGCACGGCUCACGCGCCAUCUGAUUCCAGACUCCAGCCCCUCACCUCAUGAGAAGCAGCAUGCAGAGAAGUCCGCUAACAGCACAGGGA